ACCCCUAGGUACUCGUUCCCACCUUUCACUUCUCCUCUUUGGGUCACCAGACCGCACUUGUGUAUAGGGGAACUACCCCUACUGACCUGAAGCAACCUGGGCACUUUCAAACGCCGGAGCGGUUCCUAUAGCAACGACUAACCGGAAGAGUGGGUCUGAAACCGGAAACGGAAGUUCCGAUUAAAGACGCUCCUUCGCAGCGGUGGUACGCGAGCGCGCUGCGAGAUGGACACCCCUCCGCUCUCUGGUUCGGAGUCGGAUUCGGAGGACUCCCUUGUCACUGACCGAGAGUUGCAGGAUGCGUUUUCCCGGGGGCUGCUGAAGCCAGGCCUCAAUGUCGUGCUAGAGGGGCCGAAGAAGGCUGUGAACGACGUGAAUGGCCUGAAACACUGUUUGACUGAAUUCAAACGGGAUCUGGAAUGGGUUGAGAGGCUUGAUGUCACCCUGGGUCCCGUCGGGGAAAUCAGUGGACCCCAGUCAACACCUCAGACUAAGGACCAGAAAGCUGUUGACCCAGAAAAUGACUUCCAGCGCGAGAUGAGCUUCUACCGUCAGGCCCAGGCUGCAGUGCUUACAGUGUUGCCCCGCCUCCAUAAACUUAAAGUCCCUACCAAGAGGCCCACUGAUUAUUUUGCAGAGAUGGCCAAGACUGACCAGCAGAUGCAGAAGAUUCGGCAGAAACUUCAGGCUAAACAGGCUGCCAUGGAGAAGUCUGAAAAGGCCAAGCAACUGCGGGCACUCAGGAAAUACGGAAAGAAGGUGCAAACAGAAGUUCUUCAAAAGAGGCAGCAGGAGAAAGCUCAUAUGAUGACUGCAAUAAAGAAAUAUCAGAAAGGCUUCUCCGAUAAACUGGAUUUCCUUGAGGGAGAUCAGAAACCUGUUGCCCGGGGCCCCAAAGAAGGAGCUAAAGGCCAGAAGAUGAAGAAGGGUCCCAAUGCCAAACGACGCUAUAAAAACCAGAAGUUUGGUUUUGGGGGAAAGAAGAAGGGCUCCAAGUGGAACACGCGUGAGAGCUUCAACGAUGUGUCCAGCUUCCGGGCCAAGAAGGCGCAUGACAAGGGCCUCAAGAGGCCUGGGAAGAAAGGAUCAAAUAAGAGACCUGGAAAACGGACAAGAGAGAAAAUGAAGAGCAGAGCACGUUAAGGAAGCAGCAUCUUUGUGUAAAGACACCCAAGAAAAAGGGUGAAGACUUGAGAUUUGAUAGUAUAAUUGGAUUCCUUCUGUCAUUUGGUAUAUUUUUUUUUUCUGGUUAAAAAAA